GGAAGCUCACUGAAGCAAUCGAAAUUAGUCUGUGAGAAGAGUUCAAAGCGCGUUAAAGGUGUUUUUUUCAAGAAAAAAAAGAUAAAAUAAAAAAUAUAUAAAAUUUGAGCUUUUCAAGUUAAAAAAAAAGAAAAAAAUAUUUAAUUAAAAGAAAUUAAAAAUUUUCUUUUCUCAACAUCGAAUAACCAGCGAGAAAAAAUUAAAAAGUUUAUAAAUUGGAAAAAAAUCAAACAAAUUAAUUAAAUUAAUUUAAAAUAAAAAAAGGCAAAUUGUAAAAAAAAUAUACAAAAAUUUCGGAUAAAUAUUCCUUCCAUUUAAAAAAAACCGAAAUUUUCAAAAUUAGCAUACUUCGAAAAAAUAUUAAAAAUUCAAAUAAUUUUUGACAUUUCCUAUUCCAAAAAAAUUAAAUUAAAUAAAUCAAACAAAGAACAACAAAAUAAAGCUUAACCAAAGGAAGUUAUUAAACAAUUUAAUAAUAAAAUAAAAUAAAGUGUUAAAAAUCAAAAAAAAAAAAAUAAAAAGUUGUUCUAAAUUGCGUUUUGUGUAAUGGCUUUUUUGCGUUCUAUUUGCCGACAACGAAAAAAUUUGGUUUGUAGUACAACAUCAUCAACAGCAGCAACAUCGACGUCAUCAACAUCUUCUGGAUCAGCAAUAAUUUUUAGAAAUUGCGAUAAUUCAUCAAUUGGAAUAAAAUUAUAUUCAACAAAUUCAUCAUCAUCAUCACUAUUAGGUUUAACAUCAUUUAAAAAUAUAAAAAAUAAAAAUCUUCGUAAUCAUGUACUCUUGAAUGGUGAAAAUUAUCGUAUUAUAGGUUAUGAAAGGAUAUUAAGUAACCAGCAACAACAGAAAUGCUAUUUUAAUAAUUCAUCUAAUAAUCAACAAUCGCAGCAGAAUGAAAGUCAAUUAUUUAAAAACAAAAAGAAAACUGGUAAUAGUGGCAAUAUCAUUGGUGAAACAGCACAACAACAACAGCAAAAUGAUAUAAAUAAUACUUUACAACAAAAACGUUAUAGAUCUCAAACUGUUGCAGCUGUUCAACAACAACAUAUUAAUGAUGCAAGAACAUCAUCAUCAGCUGAUAAACCAACACAACCUCAACGGGAUCCAUUGGAUACAAGUUUUAAUGAUCCGAUUGCUGCAUUCAAAAGUAAAACGACCGGUGAAUUAUUACGUGGAUAUUUUGUAUAUUUAUUAUGUUCGAAUCAAAUGUUGGUUGAAAAUAAUAUGAAGAUCAUGAAAUUCUGUAAAGCAAUUACCGGUGAUAAACUAUUCGAAUUGCUUAUGAAGUCUACAUUUUAUGGACAUUUUGUAGCUGGAGAGAACCGACAUACAAUUGUACCAACAUUAGAAAGACUUCGAUCGUUCGGUGUUAAACCAAUUUUAGAUUAUUCAGUUGAAGAAGAUCUUUCACAAGAAGAGGCUGAGAAGCGUGAAGUUGAAGCUUCAGUAUCAAGCGCACCAGCACAAGGAGCUGCACCAGCAGCUGAAGAAGCUCCUGUUUCUUUACCACAAUAUCAUGUUGAUAAAUCGUUUGCUGAUCGUCGUUAUAAAGUUCAAAGCGCUAGAACAUACUUUUACUUAAAUGAAGCAACUUGUGAACGGAAUAUGGAAAUUUUUAUUAAAUGUUUAGAAGCUGUCGCCGGUGCUACAUUUGGAACUGGUAUUACUGCUAUUAAACUCACAGCCCUUGGUCGUCCUCAAUUACUUCUCCAAGUUUCUGAAGUUAUCAUGAAUACUCGUAAAUAUAUGGAAGAUUUAGUUGGUGGACAAGGCAAUGUCUUAACACAUCAUAAGACAAUCAAAGAUUUAGAAAAAUAUUAUGCUAGUUUGGGUGAUAAUAAAAAUGUUAAGGAGUUCCUUUCACGUGUUACAUCUGAUAAAGAUGGGAUCAAAACAUCAAAGGAUGGAACUAUAAUUAACAACGAUAAAGAUGCCAUUAUUUUACAUUUGUUCCCAUGGUCAGGAAUUGUUGAUGAAGAUAGUCAAUUAAGUGAUACUUUCCGUGUACCAGAUCCAAAAACAGGUCAAAUGCGUCGCUUAACAUCACGUAUACCACCAAAGGAAGAAGAAAUGUUCCGAAAUAUGAUUCGACGCUUAAAUACAAUUGUGAAGGCUGCUGAAGAUUUAGACGUACGUAUAAUGAUUGAUGCCGAGCAAACAUAUUUUCAACCAGCAAUUUCACGUAUUACUCUUGAAAUGAUGAGAAAAUAUAAUAAAGAAAAAGCUGUUGUAUUUAAUACUUAUCAAUGUUAUUUAAAAGAAACAUUUAGAGAAGUUUGUACAGAUUUAGAGCAAGCAAAACGUCAAAAUUUCUAUUUUGGCGCAAAAUUAGUGCGUGGUGCAUAUAUGGAACAAGAAAGAGCUAGAGCAGCAGCUUUAAAUUAUGAGGAUCCAAUAAAUCCAACAUACGAAGCAACAACUGAUAUGUAUCACAAAACCUUAACAGAAUGUUUAAGAAGGAUUAAAUCAUUCAAAGAUAGUGGUGAAGAUCUCAAAAAAAUUGGUAUUAUGGUUGCAUCGCACAACGAGGACACUGUCCGAUUUGCAAUUGAAAAAAUGAAAGAAAUUGGUAUCGAACCAGAAGACAAAGUUAUUUGUUUUGGUCAAUUAUUAGGAAUGUGUGAUUUUAUAACCUUCCCCUUAGGUCAAGCUGGUUAUUCUGCAUAUAAAUAUAUCCCAUAUGGUCCAGUACAAGAAGUUUUACCAUAUUUAUCAAGACGUGCUCAAGAAAACAAAACUGUCCUUAAAAAAUUAUCAAAAGAAAAACGAUUGUUAUUAGCUGAAAUUACACGACGAAUAUUAAAAGGACAAUGGUUUUAUAAACCAAAAGGCAAUUAUGUUCCAGUUUAAGAAAAACAAAAACAAAAAUGUAGAAAAAAAUCAGCAAAAAUACAAAAACAAAAAAAAAAUUCACAACAUACACACAAAAGUUAUUUAGUUUAUUAAUUUAAUUAGAAAAAGAAAAAAAAAUAAUAAAAAUCAAAAACAAACAGAAAAGAAAAUGAAUAGUAAAUAAUUUGAUAAGAAACCGUAUUUACCAGUCUUUAAUAGAUGAGAAUACAUAACAAUUAUUUAUAUAUAUAUAUAUAUUAAUAUUAUAUAUUAUAAUAUAUUAUAUAUUAUAAUAUAUAUUAAAUAUUUAAAUUGAAUAAUAAUUUAACUAUACUUAUUAAAUACAUAAGACGUCAUUAGCGACAUUGUAAUAAAUUAAUUUCUGAAAUUAGGUUUAUGUAACGUCAAUUGUAUCCUGUCUUCUUUUUAAUAUGUUGAGAAAAAAA